CUGGGCCAGGUCCGGGGCGGGGCUUUGGCGUGGGCGGGGCUUCCUCGAGUUCCGGAGUCGAGUCGCUUCCCUUGGCCGGAGCGGAGAUGCAGCCGCCGCCCCGAAAAGUGAAGCCGGCCCAGGAGGUGAAGCUUCGCUUCUUGGAGCAGCUGAGCAUCCUUCAGACCCGGCAGCAGAGGGAGGCGGAUCUGCUGGAGGACAUCAGGUCCUACAGCAAGCAGAGGGCAGCCAUUGAACGAGAAUAUGGACAGGCACUUCAGAAACUGGCAGGGCCAUUCCUGAAGAGAGAAGGGCACCGGAGUGGGGAGAUGGACAGCAGACCUUCUCUGGGGAGAGGCAGGAUGGUGUUUGGUGCCUGGCGCUGCCUGCUGGAUGCCACCGUGGCUGGGGGCCAAGCCCGGCUCCAGGCGUCUGACCGAUACCGUGACCUGGCAGGGGGCACGGGGCGGAGUGCCAAGGAGCAGGUGCUCAGGAAGGGAGCAGAGAACCUCCAGAGAGCGCAAGCAGAGGUGCUGCAGUCUGUCCGGGAGCUGAGCCGAAGUCGGAAGCUGUAUGGGCAGCGGGAACGUGUGUGGGCCUUGGCACAGGAGAAGGCGGCUGAUGUCCAGGCUAGACUGAACCGAAGUGACCACGGGCUCUUCCACACUCGGACCAGUCUCCAGAAACUCAGCACCAAGCUCUCUGCCCAAUCAGCCCAGUACUCCCAGCAGCUGAGAGCAGCCCGCAAUGAGUACCUGCUCAACUUGGUGGCCACCAAUGCCCACCUUGACCACUACUACCAGGAGGAGUUGCCAGCCCUGCUCAAGGCCCUGGUCAGCGAGCUGUUGGAACACUUGAGGGACCCCUUGACCUUGCUAAGCCGCACUGAGCUGGAAGCUGCAGAGAUGGCCCUGGAGCAUGCCCGCCGUGGAGGGCAGGCAACCUCCCAGGUAAGCUGGGAGGAGGAUCUGAAGCUCUUUCUUCAGGAACCUGGAGUAUUUUCCCCCACACCACCUCAGGAGUUUCAGCCUGCAGGGACUGAUCAGGUUUGCACCCUGGAGCUGGAGGGGGAUGCAGGAGGCAUGGCGGGGGACCGUAGCCUGGAGAAAGAGGUUCAACGCUGGACUAGCCGAGCUGCCCGAGACUACAAGAUCCAGAACCAUGGGCAUCGGGUGCUGCAGCGGCUGGAGCAGAGGCGACAGCAGGCCCCAGGGCGGGAGGCGCCAGGUCUAGAACAGCGGCUGCAGGAAGUGAGGGAGAGCAUCCGGCGGGCACAGGUGAGCCAGGUGAAGGGGGCUGCCCGGCUGGCCCUGCUCCAAGGAGCUGGCCUGGAUGUGCAGCGCUGGCUGAAGCCAGCCAUGACCCAGGCGCAGGAUGAGGUAGAGCAGGAGCGACGGCUCAGUGAGGCCCGGCUGUCCCAGAGGGACCUCUCUCCCACGGCUGAGGAUGCUGAGCUCUCUGACUUUGAGGAAUGUGAGGAGACAGGGGAGCUCUUUGAGGAACCUGCCCCUGUAGCCUUGGCCACCAGGCCCCUCCCCUGCCCAGCACAUGUGGUGUUCAGCUAUCAGGCAGGUCAUGAGGAUGAGCUGACCAUCACAGAGGGCGAGUGGCUGGAGGUCAUAGAAGAGGGAGAUGCUGAUGAAUGGGUCAAGGCUCGAAACCAGCACGGCGAGGUAGGCUUUGUCCCUGAGCGAUAUCUCAACUUCCCGGACCUCUCCUUCCCUGAGAGUGGCCACGACAGUGACAAUCCCUCAGGGGUAGAGCCCACAGCUCUCCUGGCUUCUGCAGCCUUCCUGGCCCGUGCCCUAUACAGCUACACAGGACAGAGUGCGGAAGAGCUGAGCUUUCCAGAGGGGGCGCUUAUCCGCCUGCUGCCCCGGACCCAGGAUGGAGUGGAUGAUGGCUUCUGGAGAGGAGAAUUCGGGGGCCAUGUGGGGGUUUUCCCCUCCCUGUUAGUGGAGGAGCUGCUUGGUCCUCCAGAUCCCCCUGAACUCUCAGACCCUGAACAGAUGCUGCCAUCCCCUUCUCCUCCUAGCUUCUCACCUCCUGUGCCCACCUCUGCCUUGGAGGGAGCCCCUGCACCUGCGUUGCCUGUGGACCAAGAUCUGGACUGCCCUGGACCCCUGGACAUGAUGAUACCUCGACUCAGGCCGAUGCGUCCACCACCUCCCCCACCAGCUAAAGCCCCAGAUCCUGGCCACCCAGAUUCUCUCACCUGAAGCCAGGGGGAUUGCUGUCCCCCAGUGAUGCUGCUGUCCCUAUACCCAAGAUGUCAGAGACAACCCCUCUAUGAUCUGGAGUAAUAACAUAGCCAAAAGCUGGAGUUUCCCCCAUUUCCACUCCUACCUCCAGGGGUAGAAACUUUCCCUCUCCCCAUUUCCGGAGCUGGAACUCACUCCUUUCCCCCCAUCAUACUUCUGCUAUCUCUAGGGCUGGAACUAUCCCUCUUUCUUCUGCCACCACGCCAUCUCUAGGGUGGUAAAAUGGAUUGUGAAAUCUCUGGGGCUGGAACCCAUCUUCCAAAGUCUUGAGUGGCUCCAGCCCAUCUGUGUCUCCACCCUGACUCUGUGACGCAGUCCACUGGGUCUGUGACCCAUGGCCACUGGGGUUGGGGGCUGGGACAGGAGCAGGCCUGUCAAAAGGAGCUGGAGCCAGUAUGCAACACAGCUGUAAUGGUCUGA